AUGGAUUUGGACCCAGACCCGAACCCGGUGAGGCUGAGACGGGAAAGGCUUCCAAAGCCUCAGCUAGACACAUACCGCUCCAAACGGAGAUCUUUUUAUAUGUUCCAGGCUGCUGCAAGAUUGUGGGCGGAAGGCGUCUCAUGGCCAAAGGCCCUUGAGAUCAUCACUGAGGCAUUCGAUGCCACCACUCACGAAGCCUAA